UGAUAUCGUUCCCACUGUCGUCAGACAAAGGUAAGAUGGAUGCAAUUAAAUCCAUGUAGACAGACUAGGAUAUAAAAUGGAAGUAUGCCUAUUGGUGACUGAAGCUCCCUGCAACAGAUACAGCGGGUACGAGGGGGAGACAUAGUUCUAUUGAUCCGGCGCACUUGGCUAGCGGUGUGCUCAGGCAGGCAGCCAUUCCAGUAAUGGCGAUGAGCUGCAACACAACGAAAACGAAAAUUUGCUUUCGAUAUUGGAAAUAUUUAUUGUGCCUUUGAUGAUCUGUGGAUGCGAACAAAAACAGACUGCCUUACUGUCAUUGCAAUUUCACGUUUCUAUGGUGACCAUCUACGGGGGUCAUGCGGAAGGGUGUUGUCUACACGGUGCUUGUAUUGUGCCUUGAGUGUGCUUUUCGUGGGGACAAAAUAUGUUUGAGAACCUAGGCACAUGAACCUUGGUAAUCAUGGCUGUAACCUCCAUAGAUCUGCACCUUGAAGGAGACAAUCAGGUGUAUAUCUCGGGCCAGAGGGUCAAAGGCUCGCUGGUUCUACACAUCGGCUUGCCCGUCAUCAUAGCAGGUGUGGAGGUCCGUUUCCGUGGAGCUGCGCGUGCGAAGUGGAGCGAGACCGUCCAAAGCGGCACUCAUCGAACUGACAUAGAACACGAGAAAGAGGAAAUCUACUUCGACGAUAGGUUUUGUCUCUGGGGAAAAGUAAACGCUCAAAGUCGAUGGGAAGGCAGGGAGGUGCUUCAGAGGGGACGCCAUAUGUUUCCGUUCCAAUACAAGGUACCAGAGGGCGUACCAUGUUCCUUCGAAGGCCCGGAUGCUCACGUGCGUUACAAUGUCCAAGGAAUCAUCAUCCGAUACAACGGGGAAUGUAUAUCGACGCAACGCAUCAUUAACGUUCUGCGGGACUAUGAUCCGAAAAAGGAACCAUGUGAUUUGUCUGCAAACUCGACACAACACCCGUUAGAGGACCACUCAGAGCGAUCAGUCCAUACGUUCUGCUGCCGACCCGGACGAGUGUCCUGUUCAAUCUCGCUACCUAAACGUGCCUACGUCCCCGGGGAGAUCCUCAGGGCCGAGAUCACUGUACACAAUCUUUCCAUCCGCAAGUCGGGCGCAGUCAGCCUCCAACUUAAACAGAUAAUUUCCUACGGAGGGGUACAUACACGGACCAUGCUCCUGAAGGACCUUAAGGUAUGUGACAGCCUGAGGCCAGGGCAGCACCGUCACUGGAGGGAGUACCCAUUACGUGUACCCUCGCUUUGUCCCUCCCGGCUACACAUGUGUAAGGUGCUUGACCUGCGGUACUGCGUGGCGGUAGAGGCCAGUUUUGCCGACACGGUGCUAUACGCGGCUGUGCCAGUUACCAUAGCAACGGUACCAGAUAAUGACUUUGAGUGUACGAAAUGGUCGUAUAAAUAUGGUGCGCCACCCCUUAUGACUGAUGACGCGGUUACUGAUUGUUACAUAUAUGGAUGUACACGGGCGGAGUCCGAAGAGGAGGAAUUCAAACCGAAGUAUAAAUAUUUUGAAGAUUUACGGGAUAUACGAAGAGAGAAAGACGUUCUUUUGAAAUUGCGCCAAAGUCCAGGCAUAAAACGGAGGAAAGACAAAGAUAAGACUAAGGGAGAAACAAGCAGACCAUGUGUCAAAUUAAAAGGUGACGAAGUGACUUCAGCCUCGCAAGCUUAACAUGUCAUUAUGUUAAAUAAGCCUGUACGUCAUUAUUCGAUGUGUAAUAUUUCCACAUAUAUGACGUAGUGACGUCAUCUGGGUGGGAGACGUCAUGCUCGCUUUUAUGAAGCUUCAACCGCAAAAAAA